AUGAAACUGCCAGAUAUGCUGAAGAGUAAAACGAUGGAUUUCCUCCGGCUGUCCAUCUCCGGAUCCUUGCCAUUCUCUCCACUGUUGCGGCCCCGGAGCAAUCUGCGGACUCUACCAGAGACUAGAAUGUAUCUGGCGGUCAGUGAAUUGACCAACAAAAACAAAACGAACGGGAGACAAGAAGUUACAGUUAAUGUCAACAAUUCAAACGAAGUCCAUGAAGUUCGGCAAAUACCAUGCCCAGAAUCAUACAAUAGUGAGACAAGCGGUCAAUACGUCACCACGUCAGAUAUAACAGUGAUGAACACUGAAAACCUGUGGGUAAACACUUACGGGGAACGCCAACAGCAGCAAGUGUCGGAUAGUAAAUCCUCGUUAUUCGAUGCCAACCCCGUAUGCCACGUGUACACUGUGCCCAUGUGGUGCCAGCUCCCUGAGGUAGCUGCUGUCUCUUCUCCACAGGUGGCGCUCGUGGGUCAGGAGACGACACUCUUUGCCCUUUCGGUGCGGGACAACAUCCGCUACGGGCUGGAUCACUGCCCGCAGGCAGACGUGGCAGCUGCUGCCCAGAGUGCCAGCGCACGGGACUUCAUCGAGAGGAUGGACCAGGGCUUCGACACAGAUGUGGGCGAGGCCGGCGGGCAGAUCUCAGCGGGACAGAAGCAGCGGAUCGCCAUCGCCCGUGCCCUGGUCCGGCAGCCGCGGAUUCUGGUCCUGGACGAGGCCACCAGCUCCUUGGACACACACACCGAGCUAUCGAUCCAGCGGGCCCUGGCCCGUGAGCCGGUGGCCGCAGCUCUGGUGAUCGCCCAUCGGCUGAAGACAGUGCAGCGGGCGGACAGGAUCGUGGUGUUGGAGGGCGGCCGUGUGGUGGAACGGGGCACUCACUCUCAGCUGAUGGAGCUCGGCGGCUGCUACUCCCGCAUGGUGCUGCGGCAGUUCACCAACGGAGAGCAGGGAGCGGCCGUGGGAGAGUAGGGGUAGGGACACGGGGAGAGAGAGUGAGGGU